GUUGGACGCUAAAAUUGUUGGCAUAGGGUCAACGCGACUAGGUGCGAGUUGUUGAUUUGCUAGUUCUCCAUUCUUAAACGGUGGUUUAACGCGAAAGAAAGUACGAUUCGGUGGGUGGCUGCAAAACACAGUGCAAAUUGUUCGGAAUUGAGUUCGAUUGAUUGGAAGUGCGGCGUUUAAUUGUAUGAUCUGAUCUAACAAAAAGAAAAACCAACGAAACAUUUACCUUACCUCGUGCGAAGAAAGCCAGACUACUUUGUGAAGAAGAAAAAGCGCCAAAGUUGGGAAUUCGUUUCCACACACUUCCAGUGUGCGUGCGUUACUCCGCCUGUGCGUGCGUGUGUGUGUGUGUAUGAGUGAGUUUCGGUGGUUUAUUUUAAACGCAAUAUCAAAGCCUUCAUCAAAUCAAAUCAAAUCAACGCGCAUCGUGUGUGCAGUGAAAUUUUUUUUGGAGGUACCAUCGCACUAAAACCAGCACAGAAGAUAUUUUCUGAAAACACCCGGCCAGGUUUCCGGAUCUUACACUUGAGACGUUCCGACCGUCUGCUACGAGUCUGCACUCUGCGGCGUUGUUUUCCAGUCCACACGGAUACAGUUUGGUGGUGGUGGUGGUGGUGUCCAUCCCCGGCGGUUAUUACUGGGGCGUCUGGUGUCUGCAAACCGCAACCGAACCACACGGAAGUGACUCGACGAUAUUUCGCGGCUACUAAAGCUAUUAUUCCGCCUGGGUAAGGUGCGAAUCACGUCUUAAAGCCAAGUAGGAAAUAGAGUGAUACGCUUAAUACACUUUACAAGCGAGUGGUGGAAAAAAAACCACAACAAAGUGUUUGAAGUUACUGUAAACAACCGACGGCAACAACGGUGCAUUCCAGCGCUGACAUUAUAAAUCUUACAGUAUGGCUUCCAAAACUGCCCAAAGUACGCCGCCGAUUGCAAUUUCCACGCCUGCCUCACUGAAAACGGCGGCAUCAACGACAUCGCUAACAUCGAACAUGUCCGUAUCGUCCGGAUUGAACAUACCGGCGACAUUGUCGAUAUCGUCGGUCGAAACCGCAAUGUCUGCAUCGUCCUCGGCCAACCAAUCGACCAUCGUGAAGGCAGGCUGGUUGUACAAGCGUGGUGAACACAUCAAAACCUGGCGAUCGCGUUACUUCGUACUGAAGAGUGACGGCACACUGGAGGGUUACAAAGUGCGGCCAGAUCUACAGUGUCCGACCGAACCAUCGAACAAGUUCACCGUACGCGACUGUCAGAUCAUGUCAAUCGAUCGGCCCCGCCCGUUCACAUUUAUCAUCCGCGGUCUGCAGUGGACAACGGUGAUCGAGCGAAUGUUCCAUGUGGAGGGUGAACCGGAGCGUAAGGCUUGGGUGGACGCUAUCCGUAGCGUUGCGAACAAGCUGAACGAGGAGGAGGUUUAUCAGGCGACGCUGCCAAACGAGACGGCCGACGAUGACUGCGAAAUGGGUUCGAUUGCAGAGGACGAACUGGAAAAGAUGCCCGUAUACGGUACGGCCAUGGAUAAAAUAAGCGGCAAACGAAAGGUGACGCUCGAAAACUUCGAAUUCUUGAAGGUGCUCGGUAAAGGUACCUUCGGCAAAGUGAUUCUGUGUCGAGAGAAAACGACGGCAAAACUGUACGCUAUUAAAAUACUGAAAAAAGAUGUCAUCAUACAGAAGGAUGAGGUUGCUCAUACGAUGGCAGAAAGUCGAGUGCUGAAAACGACAAACCAUCCAUUCUUGAUAUCGCUGAAAUAUUCGUUCCAAACGGUGGAUCGCCUGUGCUUCGUGAUGCAGUACGUCAACGGUGGUGAACUGUUCUUCCAUUUGAGUCGUGAACGUAUAUUUCCCGAGGAUCGGACACGAUUUUACGCAGCAGAAAUUAUUUCAGCUCUUGGGUAUCUACACUCGCAUGGUAUCAUUUAUCGUGAUUUGAAGCUGGAAAACUUGCUGCUGGACAAAGAUGGACACAUCAAGAUCGCAGAUUUUGGUCUAUGCAAAGAAGACAUCACCUACGGUCGAACGACGAAGACAUUCUGCGGUACGCCCGAGUAUCUUGCACCGGAAGUGCUGGAAGACAACGAUUAUGGGCAUGCGGUCGAUUGGUGGGGUACCGGUGUCGUAAUGUACGAGAUGAUUUGCGGUCGGCUUCCGUUCUACAAUCGCGAUCACGACAUCCUGUUCACGCUGAUUCUGAUGGAGGAGGUAAAGUUUCCGCGCAACAUUAGCCCGAAUGCGCGCAGUUUGCUCAGUGGUCUGCUGGUGAAGAAUCCGAAGCAGCGGCUCGGCGGAGGACCGGAUGAUGCGAAGGAAAUUAUGGCCCACCCAUUCUUUGUCAGCAUCAACUGGUCGGAUUUGGUGGCGAAACGUAUAACACCACCGUUCAAGCCGCAGGUAACGAGCGAUACGGAUACGCGAUACUUUGACCGUGAAUUCACCGGUGAAAGUGUUGAGCUAACGCCCUCGGACAAUAACGGACCGUUGGGUGCCAUUCAGGAAGAGCCACAUUUUUCAGAAUUCAGCUACCAGGAUAUGGCUUCCACCAUGAAUACGCCCAGCUUUAUGAAUCAUUCGCACAACUAUCCUCCGAUGCAGUGAGAAAACGCUGAAAUGCACCCGGUGCGCCACCCGGGUGUUGCGUGAAGCAAUACGCCCGCUGAUGGGAAAAGGACACCAGUAAGGAGUACCGACUUCCAUAGGGUACCUCCAGACAGGAGUCCACUACUAACUGGUAACUGGAAGCCGGGCAAAAAUGCAGCCGCAAAACAGAGGACAUAGAAAGGAGUAACAAUCUUUCGUUUAAAUAGCCAAGGGAAAAGCAACGUAAACCGCAGGAAGAUGACUAUUAUGUUCGUAAUUGCGUUCCAUAGCCCAGUUUUGUGCCGUAUCUGUGCCGCCAGCAGCAAUCGUAAAUGGGUUCGAUAUCCCGUCGGUUCGCGUUCGGAACAUCUGCACUAACCAGACGAUCAGUACAAGUGCUGCGGAAAAGGGGGUUUGUUUGUUGCCUUUAGUAUUUUGAAAAGCCUGAUUCGGAAUGCCACAAACCAUCGUGGUAAACUUUAGUUCAAUCAAUGGUCAUGAUUGUUCUCUUGAACGAUCAUUAUCUACCAAGUUGGAAAUGACGAAACAGAUCACGUCUGAUGGUUGUACCAAGGGCAACACAAUCCAAAACUGCAAAAGGGCAGAUCCCGUCAUAGCGCUUUCUGCUAGUCCCGAAAUGUUCUGGACUCGACGAUGAUUUUGCUUCCGGCAAGAGCAGGAAAAAAGGACGAGUUUCAAUACUCUCAUACCACUGAUUCAUUUUUUUUACAUCAAACUCACACUCGAUCAUCAUCACAAUUACCGUAGAGAAGUUAAUCCUGGACCUCUCGUUUCACGGGAGAAUGAUAUAGAUAAUUACCACCGUGCCAAUUUUUGCCAUAAUACAAAAACAUAAAAAACACAUAAACACAUACACAUACACACACAGAAUAAUGAUCUCAGAUCGCGAUAUAUUAACAGCAUCAAGCAGUGAAGCAAUAGCUCAAUACACUCUCUAUAAAGUAGAGUACCAUGAGGUACGGUAUGAAACUGUGCACAUUUCCUCUGCUAGCAGUAGAACGUGCAUGAUCUCGUACCAUUCAUCCGCAUACAGAACAACUAUCCAAGCAUUCAUACAAAUAGCAAAUCUCUUUUCUUCUGCGAGAACGAAAACAUUUCACAUACUAAACGGUAUGAGUAGAACCCUGCGCGUUUCGUUGUGUGGAAGGGAAUGUAAAUGAUGGGUAUGGUUUUUUUUUAUUUAAAAGAUGCAGCCUUUAGUGGUAGUUGGAAGCCAUGAGGAAAGAAAGCUGGUUGCGCUGGACCGGAAAAAUAGGAGUGACAGAGCCUUUCGAGUUGCUACAUUAUCGAUUUAUUUUGCUCCGUAUACACAAACACAAACACACACACACACUUUUGCGGGCAGUUUCCUAAUAAUUUAAUAACAUUUACUUAGACUUACCUUGAAUAGGGCGCUUGUGCGCAGAUUGUACAAUGUCAGCGGUAAGCCCUACCUGGCUGGCUGCAAGGCAUAAAAAAGCUUGUUCAGAAGCGAUGCUGAAGUAAGCUGCUUUUAUAGAAUAAGUAUAAAGCACGCGCGUAAGUGCAUACGCAAGAUGGAAAGCAACGGGCUGUGAUAGAAUGAAGUUAAUAAUAGUGUAACGUAACAGUAACGAUAGUACCAACUGCCCAACAUUGGCAUUGUACCAAUAGUAAACUAGCGAAAUUGGACAGAAAGGUAAAACAUAAACGAAUCGAAAAAAAAAACGAUCCCAUUGGCCACAAUACUGCAGAUAAUGUAUAACAAACAAAAACAAAACAACAACUUUACCUAUGGCAUAAAUAGGCCACCUCGCUAUUAAUCAAACCUUCCGUUUAACUAUGUUUCGUUACCAAACGGCAUUCAAGCAGAUACUGCAGAUUUUGUUGAUUCUAACGGUUUCCCACUUACAUUAAGUUAGUGUCCUUUAUUUCCUUCCUUUCUCCCUACCAUUACUACCCUUUUCUGCCUCAUCCGGAGUUACACCGAUGGGGACAGAAUUAUUGAUCGCGCUUUAAUGUGUGUACACGUGUUCCUUAGCAGUUAAAUGCAACAUAGUUUAAUCACAACCGUGUAGUGUGGCCGUUUCGCAGGGUAACAAGGUAAAGAAGGUAGUCGAACUGCUGCUCAGUUUGGGCUAAUACUUCGAGAAGAUUGAAUUGGUUUUCCAUCUUACCACCUUGAUGCUGUUUCUAACCUACCUAUCUACUAAGGCUAUACAUUUGUUUAAGUUUGUAGCAUAUAACUACUUAGCGAUAAUGCAGAACAGGGUAGAGAGCUUCGAGUAUCAUCAUCCUUUACCUUAGUGCACAUAGUUCUUUUUGCGUAGCCGAUAGCAUCGUUACAACUCUAGUUAAGGAUGUAACAGUAGCAAACAGGUAUGAGGCUGCUGAAGAAUAAGAAGUAAUGAGAAUACCGAUAAGAGAAAAUAUCACUGCCUUAGCUAAUUCAGACAUUGACAAGUAAAAGUGCAACACUAGAACGUAGAAAGGAACAAAGUUACGCUAAACGAACUCAAGUAGAGAUAGGAAAGUGUAAAGUGCGCCAGCAAACCGACCCUAAGGCACGGUUUAUCAAAUGUACGAUUUAUGAUACUUUUUAUCUUUGGUUUUUGUUCGCAACUAAAUGACACCUUGUGUUAAGUGGUCAUUCUUCAACUAUAUUUACUUUUUUUACGGCAAGCUCUUCGUGUUUUUUUUGUUGCGUUGUAAUUGCUGUGUGAAGUAAGAAGAAUAUUUUAGCCUGCGAUCAUUUUAGUGUUCGAUAUCCCACGCGGACACUGGUGCUAUUGCAUGAAAAUACUUUCCCCUAAAGAUCGCACGCUAAAAUGCUAGUGCAAGUUGAAGUUAAUGCUGCUUUUGCAAAAAGCGAUUAUUCACACAAAAGAUGUAACAAAACACAGAACCUGUAAAAUAGAGACAAUGAUAUUACAGUAGUUUCCAUUACUGCGAUAGAUUAACUAUACACUUUAUUCAGGUGAGAUAAAAGAGAACAAACCGCAAAACGUACAGAACACAGAACGCUAAUGGGAAACGAUAGUAAUAGCAAGACACACAAGACAUGAGCAAAAACUCGCUGAGUUUAUCAUUCUGUCGUUUUUUCCCCCUGCGCAGCAGCGAUAUGCGACAGUAAAGUAAAAAUACACGUACCAUUAUAAACAAGGCCACACUAGCGUUACAGUAAAUCCAUAAGUACUAGAUAAAUUUAAUAUAAAAAGAUAAUCGAAAACAUAAACAA